GUUAAUUGGGAAAUAUAAUCCGAUAUCAACGAAAGUGAACAUUUACAGACCGUUCGUACAGUGCCAAGAGUUCGAAUGCAAUGGCAGUGUCUGAUUUUUUAUUGUACUGUUUUAUCAGUUCUCUGCCGGGACCUCCAGGUGUAAGUGUUGACAAUGCUUUUGUCCAGUUGAUACCUAUUAAUAAACAUAAAUGUCCACAUAUUGAUCCUGUGAGAGAUAUAUCGUACCAGCUGUAUACGAGGUAUAAUCCGCUUUACCACCAGAGCUUGAGGAUUGGUGACGAUGAAGCUCUACAAAAUUCGAAUUUCAACUUUUCCCAACCCACGAUAAUCUUUUUUCACGCCUUUUUCGAGAGUGGUAUGGCAGCGACUGCAACAAUCAUUAAAACAGCCUAUUUGCAGAGAGGUGACCACAACAUAAUCUUGUUAAACGCUCCUAGAUUGGAGGCUGGUCCUUGGUAUCUCACGGCUUCGAGAAAUACCGAGGUCGUCGGAAAAUAUACGGCCCAGUUCAUAGAUUACCUCGUUUCGAGGGGAAUGUAUUUGCCCAGCCUGCAUUUGAUCGGUCUCAGCCUGGGGGCCCAAAUGGCUGGGGUAUGCGGGCAGAACGUUAGAAGCGGUCGUGUCACUAGAAUUACAGGGUUGGACCCGGCAGGGCCAUUGUUCAAGAAAUGGCCGAAGAAUUUGAAGUUGGACGCUGGGGAUGCAGAAUUCGUGGACGUGAUCCACACAGACGCCGGCAUCUUCGGAUACCCGACGCAGAUAGGACACGUGGAUUUUUGGCCCAAUCAGGGCAUUUCCCCACAACCGGGAUGUACCAUCCCUGAGGUGAAAAGGAGAAAUCCUGACGCUUUAAUCGAGCCAGUCUUCUGCAGCCACUGGCGUUCGUACCAGUUUUAUGCCGAAUCCGUCCUGAACCCUUAUGGAUUUUUGUCAGUGGCGUGCAACACGUGGGACGACUACAUAAACCAAAGAUGCGACCCAAACCAAGUUCCUACCAACAUGGGAUUUGCCGUUGACUACAAUGCCAGAGGAAACUACUACCUUCGAACGAAUCCUGAGUCUCCGUUUUCUGUCAGUUCUUCGUACAACCCUCAAUAUAACCCUCAGUAUCAGACUUAUUGGAAUAAACGAUAAAA